AUGAAAAGUUAUAGGGAUCCAAAUUUAUCUCCUUCUCCAAUUGAAAUUUUAUCCCUUGAUCAUUCUGCAUUGUAUAAAAGAAGAACAAGAGAUGAAAAGCAAUUUGAUCAUUCAUUUGCAAGUGAUGAUUAUGAAGAUUUAUCUGAUGAUGUGCCAAAACAAAAACCACCACCUAUUAAACCACACAAUGUAGUCAAGAAUAUGUCAUUGAGCAAUAUGUACUGUUCCCGAUGUGGGGAUGGCUUUGAACCUCAAGAAAAAAUUGUCAAUUCCAGCGGAGAACUAUGGCACACUCAAUGUUUUGUAUGUGCUCAGUGUUUCAGACCAUUUCCAGAUGGCACAUUUUAUGAAUUUGAAAAUCGAAAAUAUUGUGAAUAUGAUUUUCAUAUGUUAUUUGCUCCAUGUUGUGGAAAAUGUGGAGAAUUCGUUAUUGGAAGAGUUAUAAAAGCUAUGAAUGCCAAUUGGCACCCAGGUUGCUUUAGAUGUGAAAUGUGUAAUAAGGAACUUGCAGAAUUAGGUUUUGUGAGGUAUCAUGGGCAAGCUUUAUGCUAUGAAUGCAAAGCAAGUGCUAAAGCGUCUGCUUUAAACAAGCAUUCUUGUUUCAAAUGCCAUGGCAUUAUCGAUGACAAACCACUACGUUUCCGAGGAGAAGUCUAUCAUCCUUAUCAUUUUAAUUGUACUGCUUGUGGAGUGGAGCUCAAUUCUGAUGCUAGAGAAGUCAAAAAUAGACCUGGGAUAACAGCUAAUGAACAAAAUGAGCUGUACUGUUUAAGAUGCCAUGACAAAAUGGGGGUUCCUAUUUGUGGUGCUUGUAGAAGACCAAUCGAGGAGAGAGUUGUUACAGCCCUUGGAAAACAUUGGCAUGUUGAGCAUUUUGUUUGUGCCAAAUGUGAGAAGCCAUUCUUAGGACAUAGGCACUAUGAAAAGAAAGGUCUUGCAUAUUGCGAGACUCAUUACCAUCAGUUAUUUGGUAAUCUCUGCUUCGUCUGUAAUCAAGUUAUAGCUGGAGAUGUGUUCACAGCUAUGAACAAGGCUUGGUGUGUGCACCACUUUGCUUGCUCCCUCUGUGACCAAAAAAUGACUCAGAAAACAAAAUUUUAUGAGUUUGACUUGAAGCCUGUAUGUAAGAAGUGCUAUGAAAAACUACCAGCUGAACUGAAAAGGAGACUGAGAAAGGCUCUCGAGUUCGCUCCCAAGUCACCAUCGACAACCUAG